AUGCUAGCCGUUUUUCAUAUGGAUAAUACAAUGCUAUUGCAACAAAUGCGAAUUUAUUUGCUUGUUAUUUUCAUUAUCUCAAAUGUUUUUUUCAUUAUUAGUAAAGGUCAACUGCUGAAUUUCCAUAGUAAUAAUCAACAUGUUACUACAAGUAAUAUUAGUUUGGCACGUACGUCAACGUACUACGAGAAUGCUUCUGCUUUGUUAACUGAUCUGUUAAGUGAUUACGAUAUGAGAUUACGACCUGGUUUUGGAGGUGAUGCUUUACUACUAAUGUUAGAUGUUAUCAUUGAUUCAAUUGAUGCAAUUUCGGAAGUAAAUAUGGAUUAUACAAUAACGAUGUAUUUACAUCAAUAUUGGCGAGAUAAACGGCUCUCCUGGUCACGUCAUUUUCAUAUCGAUGAUAUGACAUUUUCCGGAGAUUUCUCACAACAUAUUUGGGUACCGGACACAUUCCUGGCAAAUGACAAACAAUCAUUUCUACAUGAAGUCACGGAAGAGAAUAAAGUGAUUCGAAUUGAGCAUAAUGGACAAAUUACUUAUGGGAUGAGAUUUACGACAACUCUUGCAUGUCAUAUGAAUUUAAAGAAUUAUCCAUUGGAUAAUCAAAAUUGUACAUUAGAAAUUGAAAGUUACGGUUAUACAACGUCAGAAGUUCUGAUGCGUUGGAAUCAUCCAAAUGCUGUGUACGGAGUUGAAAAAACUAAUGUACCACAAUUUCAAAUUCUUGGCUAUCAAACAUUAAAUCGAAUUGUACGAACUGCCACCG